AUGUCGCCUCAGAUGGGAGACUUGGAAACCGAGGAGGAAUACACUUAUGAUGCUAGUGAGCCUUGGGAUCCUGCCGCACGACAAAGCAUCACUCCUUCUCAGCGAGUGACAUCCCAGAAAGAACGUCGUCUGUCUCCAGGCUAUCAGAAUGUGUCGCAUACGGAUGCAGCCAUACCACCGCACGCCAGUCUCAAAGGUAAAGAGCCUGUCGGCGUGGCACGAGGAUCAGGCAGCUUCCGUGAUCGGAGUGCAGCAUCUGCCAUGCAGAAUGUGCAGCGAAAGUCAGUGUCCCCUGCCGCUGGGCUCGGUCUAAAGGGUGUAGACGACGCCUCUGUUGGUGCCGAAAUCACGCGUUCGGAUAGCAGGUCGCGCCGAGAUAGCAGAGGCAUCAUGUCAGCUCAAAUGGAGAUGCAGCAGCAGCGCAUAGACCACAAGGGGAUCAUCCGUUCGCCCGUCAGCACGCUACGCCCGUCGCCCGAUCCUCUUUUGGCUCCUGGCAAUCGUAAGAGUGUUGGCUUCAUGGACCCUGAAGUCGAACUACAGCAAAAGACAUCCCAUGAUUCCCGCCAUCACUCGUACUUUAGUCUCCAUGACCAGCCGGAACGCACGUAUACGGCGACUCCCGUGCUAGAAGAAUGGAAAAAGGCACAAGUUGCAACCUUGACAGCUGAUGAUCUCGAUCUGAACGCCCCAGUCACUUCGCAUAGCGGCAACAAAGCAUGGUGGGAAGAAACCCAAUCCUUUCGUCGACGAAGCUCUGGAAGCUAUGCUCAACGGACGUUCGAUGGCUAUGCCGAUGAGCCUUCGGAGCCGACUACCUUCACCCCUCCGUUAUAUCUCAAGUGUGGGCCGCUUUUGCGUUAUACUGGUCUCAGGAGAGAGCGUAGUAGUUCGGGGCAGGACCGCGAGAUCUGGCGAGGAAGCGUUAUGAUUGUCACGACAGAUGCCCAAUCCUCGUACAACAAGCCACCCACCCUGCGAGUGUUCAAGCAGCCCAUGGAUAUUCUUCCGCCACCUCCAGAAGAGGUUGAUGUCGAUCAGCUCGAUCCUUCUUACAUAGAUCCUAUCGAAGGUCAAACCAAGAUUUCACGUACCGGGAGAACGCUCUACGUCAAGCCAAUUGAUGAUAUUGCCGAGGACAAGGAUCUUUCACGUAUCGAAGACGAGAGCGGCCUGUUCUCGCAUAGUCGGAGUACACAUGGAACAAGUGGAUCGGGAGCCAAGUCUACUCGGAUUCACAAAAAGGAUGGUGAGAAGCUCGGAAAGUUGCGCGAUAUCCCUGGGGUACGCCUGCAUGCUGAGCGCGGUGUCACUUUUUGGCGAUUCAGUCUUGAGAUUGAGCUGGGAAGCACUCAAACACGCGUCGCUUACAAGAUCAACCGUGGCCCUGCUACUGGUUUCUGGGUGCCUGCCAAAGGUGAAUCUAUGAACAUCAUGUUCUACAGCUGCAAUGGCUUCUCUUUUAGUGUUGACCCGGAUGAGUUUUGUGGACCAGACCCGCUUUGGCGUGACGUGUUGAACUCUCACCAAUCAAGACCCUUUCAUGUGAUGAUUGGUGGAGGAGAUCAAAUCUACAAUGAUGCUGCCAUGCACCACACCACGCUUUUCAGGAGAUGGACCGAGAGCAGGAAUCCAUUGCAAAAGCAUCAUGAACCAUUCUCCGAAGAGAUGCAGAACGAAUUGGAACAGUUUUACCUUGACCGAUACUCGAUGUGGUUUUCGCAAGGCAUGUUCGGCUUGGCGAACUCCCAGAUACCGAUGGUCAAUAUCUGGGAUGAUCACGACAUCAUUGACGGAUUCGGCUCUUAUCCACAUCAUUUCAUGGAAACGCCUGUUUUUACCGGAGUCGGUGCUGUGGCCUUCAAGUACUACAUGCUCUUCCAACACCAGUCUCUGCCCACCGAAACUGAACAGACUGAACCCUCAUGGGUCUUGGGCAAGAACCCAGGUCCGUACAUAAGGGAACGCUCCAGAAGCGUCUUCCUGAAUUUGGGUCGCAGCGUUGCUUUCCUGGGCCUCGACUGUCGCACAGAACGCCAACGUGAUGAAAUUCUCACCGAGGACUCCUACGACAUUAUAUUCGAUCGUUUGGAAGACGAAAUCAUCAAGGGAGAGACGAAGCAUCUCAUCGUCCUCCUGGGUGUGCCCAUCGCUUACCCUCGCUUGAACUUUCUCGAGAAUAUCUUGACUAGCCGACUCAUGGACCCUCUGAAAGCCCUUGGACGUGCUGGAUUGCUGGGUAACUUGAUCAACAAAUUCGAUGGUGGUGUUGAGAUCUUGGACGACUUGGACGAUCACUGGACCGCCAAGCAUCACAAAGAAGAGCGCAACUGGCUAGUUCGUGAGCUACAACAUAUUGCCUCGACGAAAUCGGUUCGCAUUACCAUUCUGGGAGGAGAUGUCCACCUCGCAGGUGUUGGACAAUUUUACUCGAACAAAAAGCUCAACAUUCCAAAGGACAAGGAUCAUAGGUACAUGCCAAAUGUCGUGUCCUCGGCCAUUGUCAACACACCACCCCCAGAUGUCAUGGCCGACAUCAUCAACAAGCGCAACAAGAUCCAUCAUCUCGACUCAUGUACAGACGAGGAUAUGAUUGGACUCUUCACGCAUGGUGUAGACGGAAAGAAACGAAACAACACUCAUUUGCUUCCGCACCGGAACUGGUGCAGCAUACGAGAAUACCAACCCGAAUCAAGUCGUUCAGUGACACCUUCACCGCCUACAACGCCAGACGCUGGUCCGCGUCUCGCGCGGGCACUUUCUGAUUUUGCGCCUGGACAACUGGUCAGAAGAUUGAGUGGUCAAACACGGCCUUCAGCACGAAGCCGCGGGCCACCGGUAGCAUUUCGUAAUAACCCUGCGUACGCGGCUGCGGAUCAGGAUCAGGUGGCAACUCACGGUCAACCUCAGUCCUCGUUCUCGCCCGACCGAUCUGAGCCCGAAAGACCAACUCGUUCGCGCCGCAACUCGCUGUCUUCUUUGUUCCGACGUCGUACAUCGACGGAUUAUACACGUCCAGAAUCACAUCGAAGCCUCUCACCUCCUCGUACUCGCAACAGUGUCUCACAGGGUCGACCCUCCAACUUCCACCGUCGUCCCAGUGUACUCGGCAAGAAAGCACUGAAGCAACAUGGCGAGUUCAUUGAUCUUGAAGGCGGACUAGACAUUUCUCUCAACGUGGAAGUCUCGCAGCAUGAUCCAGCAGGCAUCACCGUGCCAUACCGUCUUCUUGUUCCAGUCCUCCGUUAUGCAGAACCUGCGCCUGGAACGCUGGAGGAAGGCCGCAAGUCGAAGGGCAUCUUUGGUGGCUUCGGCAGCGGCAGUAAACGUGCGAGAAACAAAAGGAUCAGCGACGACGGUUACUCCAUGUCUGGUAGUGAGAGCGGAAGUGAUCUUGGGGAGAUGACGGAUGAAGAGGGAGAAGGGCGUGCUGAGCAGAAGUACAAGGUCGCGCCCAGAGUCCCAGCGUUUGACUCCCAGAACAAGCCCACUCCUUCUACCCGAGCUCCUUCCACUGAUAAGCAAUUGAGUUCUGGUUACCAUUCUAAUACAGCUGAGAACUUAGGGUCGGAGCAGGUGCAACAUGGAUCUCGCAAUGGGGCAGUACAAGGUCAGGGCCGAAGGCAGAGCCUGGACGCGGAUGCAGGAACUGGAGCAAGAGCUUCUGCAUGGCAAUCUGUCUCCGCGAAGAGACACGUAAGCGCUCCUCAACACCCGCCGCCUCAGACCAAGACUGCAAGCCAGACGGUGGUCCUCCCAUCCCGCUCCGCAUCCACUCGCAAGAACCCGACUUACAACUCGUCGCACAAGUCGCAGCUUCCAGCUCCAGCUGCGGGAACUGAAUAUGACGACCCCAAGGUACACAGACGGUCCAUGGGCGGCAUUCUAAACCAGCACUCUCACGACAAGAAGUGGGAGCAUGAGGCGCACAUUCUCGCACACACACCCUCGACAAAACGCUCCAAGCGCGAGUCGUACCCGCCGCACCCAGCCGUCGUCGGCGCGGGCCCUGGCUCGCCAUACUCGCGCGAUGGCCCAGCAGGCAUGCAAGCUCGCAACGACAUCGCAGGUGGCGACUACUUCUCCAGCGGCGGACGCGACGGCAAGACGUACCCGAGCACCAUACCUGGUAGCCGCGGCCACCCAGCCAUGCACCCGAUUGCCGAACGCAAGCCCUCGAUCAGCUCGGAAUACCAAACCAAGCCGGUCGAGCGCGCAGAGUACGCCCAGCCCCAACGCGGCGGUUACGACCGGACAAACCCGUAUCCAAGCUACCCGCAACGCAAUGGCAGCGCUGGCGUGGGCGCCAGGUAUCUCGGCGACGGCAGGUAUGAAGACGACGAGGACGAGGACGAGGACGGAAGUUUUGACGACGAGCGGCGGAGUUAUAGUGGUCGUGGGGAGCCUAUGAGUCAGGAGAGCUUUCAGAUGCCGCGGAAGAAGAGGACAUGGCGGAUUUGGCGCUCGUAG